AUGUAUGCUGUCUCCAAAACACGCAUACAGGAUCCUAGUGUGGUCAUUCACUUGACCUCACUCCGCCAAAACGGAGAGCCGACGAGACACACCCCCGUGUCUGACGACCCGGUGGCUAGUUCUCGUGGACUGGCUGGUAUACGCAUAAGACUAAUUACGAGGGCAGAACAAGCACUGUUAGAGUGGAUUCCCGUCAACAGUCGUCUAUGUGCUGUUCGGCUAAACGGCUCCAAAGCUAAACGUUCAGACAUAGUACUCGUAGCAGGUGACUUUAAUGCCCAAAUAGGUAGUUUAAACCGAACAGAAAGAUAUUUAGUUGGGUAUUUUAGUAUACCGGCACAGCGAACAGAUAAUGGUGAUCGUCUGCUGCAACUGUGCUCAGACAAUCGUUUAUUUUUAGCAAACACAAAUUUUAAAUAUAAGGAGAGACAUCGUCUAACAUGGCGACCCCCUACACCAAACCAACGAUGGACUCAAAUAGACCAUAUUGCCAUCAGUCAUCGUUGGAGAGGGUCGGUAGAAGAUUGCCGCUCAUUCUGGAGUACCUUCUUGGACUCCGACCAUGUCCUAAUACGGGCACGCAUCUGCUUGCGCCUCACUGGACGCAAAAAAGCCACAGUAAAAAGACCCAUUAGAACUGAGUUGAGUAACGAGAAAACCAAAAAUAGGUUUCAGGAACAACUGAGGUCACAAUUAGGUAGUUCUGGAAACGAGGUUGACCCAGAUGUUGCUUGGAAAGCUAUACAAACAGCUGUGGAAACAGCAAUGACAUCUAUCAGUGAUUUAAACCACAGGGUUACAAAGAACCAAUGGAUUUCCUCUAGGUCUAUUGGACUGAUGGAUUCUCGUAAACUCAUCCCAUCAGGCUCUGAACACGAUGAAGAGCGACAACAAAUCAGAUCUAGGUUAAGCAAAAGUCUAAAGAACGACCGUGAGCAGUGGUGGGCAACGAAAGCAAAAGAGAUGGAAAAGGCGGCGGCUAUAGGGAACACAAUACAGCUCUACAGACUAAUAAAAGAAACUGGAAUUAAUAAGUCAAGUGUAAGUCAGACUAUUUCGGAAAAAGACGAUACCCUCAUCUGCUCUCAGUCCAGACGUUUAGAACGAUGGGCGGAACAUUUCAGCUGGCCUUCAGCUACUCUACAACUACCCACCAUUACCAGACAGUGUGAAUGGAACAUUGAAGUAGGUCCCCCAACUCUAGCAGAAGUUCAAAAAGCUAUAGUUAAUCUGAAACGAAGAAGGGCAGCUGGUCCAGAUGGAUUGGCUCCAGAGGUCUUUAAAGAUGGUGGUCCAAUUUUAGCGAUUAGGCUGACUAAUAUUUUAGCUAAGAUCUGGGAGUUAGACGUUAUUCCAUCUGACUGGUCACAAUCACUUAUCGUCCCAAUAUAUAAGAGAGGGUUAAAAUCAUCCUGUGACAACCAUAGAGGGAUUAGUUUAACUAAUACAGUAUCUAAAAUACUAGCCUCGAUAAUUAUCAGACGCUUAACUAAGACUCGUGAACUGCAAACACGAGAGAAUCAAGCUGGCUUCAGACCUGGUCGUGGCUGCAUCGACCACAUAUUAACCAUUCGUCAGGUUCUAAAACACAAGCAUACGUAUCGGCGUCCGACAGUGGUGGUCAUUCUUGAAUUAGAAGCAACAUUUGACUCCGUAGACCGCGAGAUUCUGUCCCAAUGCCUGUCACUGAAAGGCGUACCUCAGAAGUACAUAAACCUUUACUCGAACACUACCAGUCUAGUCAGAGCUUACGGCGAAAUGUCAUCUGAUAUUUCAACCUCAAGUGGUGUCCGACAAGGCUGUUCAUUAUCUAUUUUUGUCGAACUUCAUCAGAGACAUACUGAUGGAAAUAACGCUAUUCACAAACUUACGGACACUGAUCAUAGACUAAACAAGUAUGAUUUGAAUAGACCGUACAUCAUUCUACAGUAA